CGACCCGCCCGUGGUGCUUGGCCAGCCGCAGCAGGCCACCACUGCCCGUCUAGUCGCCCCCACUCUCAAUCACAUAGGCAAAUUUGACCAGCCGGAACGGCCAGGAAGCAUCCCGCCGCCGACGGGCCUGCUGCGGCCGACGGAGCCGCUUGAGCCGACGCAGCCCCUCGAAGGCCAUGACGCCGGCGAGGCCCUUGACCUGCAGGACGCCGUCGACGUGGCGCACGAGUUGUCUUGCGACGGCCCGUCCGACAGCGGGGGCGGUGGCGGCGAGGGAGCUGUUGAUCUGUGCGAGUGUGGUGUCGGGCUGCUGGUGGAGGUUGAUGAGCGGCAGGAGUGUGUGGCACAUGAUGGCGUCGGGGACGGCAUGCAGCCGGCGGACGAACUCCACAGCCUCAAUCUGACGCAGAGGAACGGAACACACAGACAAGACAUGUCAGCUGAUCAGCAGGCUAAAACGGCACGUGUGGCACAACACACAUACCUUCUCCUUGCGCUCUUCCGUGGUAUCGGUACUCUGCUCAGCGCCGCUGCCGUCGUCGACUCGGCUGCUGCGGCCCCAGAUCGUGCUACUCGGGCGCCAAACUGAAGUGCUGCCCUGUGGAGCGAAGGCGCAUCCACCGGCCCGCUGUGUCCACUCAGUCAGUCGUACCUGUGCGUCUUCUGUGGCCCCGCUGGCCGACGGCUGCUGCACAAGAAUCAAGCCACCAACCAAGGACAGCACGCCAGUCGGUGCUGUGUGUGUGCGUCAGUCAGUCAGUCGGUCAGUCGCCCACCCACCUCCGCUAAGAGCGACGGGAGCGUCCCACACCAGCCGCCGGCAUCCACCUCGUUGGCUCGACAGACCAACGAAAACUCCUUGAAGCGGCCCUCGAUCUGAACCAAUCAAUCACACAUACAGAUGGACACACACACGAGUCAUCCACACACGGACGGUUCGUGUGUGUGCGGACCAGUGCUAAGCCUUGCAGUCGUUUGGCCUGGUGCUUCAGUGCGGCCAGCGCCUCAGAAACACCAAUGGUGGCACCCUCGAGCAUCGGCAGCCGGCUGUCCGCCACAGACCCCUGCAUCCACAAGACACACAUAGCCAAAGGACGGAUGGACGGAUGGAUGGAAGACAUGCUAUGAGUUGACCGACUCACUGACUGACCUUCUCAGCCAGGAAACUGAUCGUGGCACCCAAGUUGCGGCCCAACUGCACACACACAAGAGCGACCGGGACACAUGUAUGUCACUCCCUCCACCAGCUGCACCCAUCGCUGGCCAUCGACCCAUCCCUGCUGCUCUCACCUGCGAGUGUAACGCAGCAAUCUGCUCCUGCAGCUCUCGCAGACGCGCCAACGAAUCAGUGAACCGCUGCAAAGCCACAUGACACCAAUGGCGAGCGGCCGGACGAGCGCUUGGCGCGUGUGUAUCGCUGCAUGCGUCUUCUCUCACCGCCAGUCGGUCAUCUUGUGUGCCGAUCUGGUCGCUGAGUGGUGCCAACGUGUUGCCGAACAGACUGCUGCUACUUACACCUGAACCGACACAAACACACACGGCGCACACCCAUCCCUCUCCCAGCCAAUCAAUUAGCCCACCUGCCGCAGCUGAUGUCGAUGACGAUGCCGAUGGUCCCGCGCCGUUCAUUCUGAGGCCUCCUCGCGGAACCGACAGAGUGGCGCAGCGACUGAGGACACAAUCUAACCGAAUCGACGAGGAAAUCCGGGAGCUGCCGGCGCUCACAAUUGCCGUGCGGUUGAAUUGAUUGAAUGCGUGGAAGUGUUCGGUCG